UGAACUGACGUCACCUCUUCAUAACAAGAAGAAGAAAAUUGCGACGCAGAAGUUCUGCACUAGAAUCAAUCUGAGCUGAGUGAGGCGGGCCUCAAAUCCCUCAUCUCUCCGUUUUUCCGCCCGUUUCUCUCUCUUUGAAGUUGUGUCCGGGGCUGACAGCCCUCCGCUCAAAUCCGACCAUGGAUCCAGUGAUAGCAGCCAACCACAACACGGAUCAACCCGCCUCACCUUCGAUUUCCGACGGGGAUUUCACCAUCCUCGACCACCUCCCCGGCGAGUCCGAGACUCCCAUCCGCGAGGCAGAUGAUGAUAGCUCGUUCACGGGUCAGGAACUGGGUCCCAUCCGCCCCUCACCCCUUAUGACCCAAUCUCGAUACUCGCAGGUGUUGUUCCACGACGUGCCCACCUCGUUCCCGGAAGAUCAGGAUUUGCUCGUAAGGUUCUCCUUGAACGAUGAGACUUUGGAUUGGCAAACCGGAGGCUGGAUUGGACUGUUCAGGCUGACCCACACGCGGGCCGAUCAGGCGGUGUUAAAAGUCCCCGUGUCCACCGAUCCGCCCCAGUUCCACGUGGUUUUUCCCGCCGCUAGUCUGCCCCGGGACCCGCAAUAUUACCAGUUUCAGUUCAUUCAAUGGACCGGCCAAUGUGUUGGAGCCUCGUUAGCCUUUCAUCUCGGCCCAUUGCCCAUGGACAAUCAACCGGAAGAGGCCCUAGAGGUGACCGCGGACCAGGGGCCCAUUGAGGUGGCCGAAGAAUCGAGAUCGGAGUCGGUGCAGUCGCUGCGUUCGUUGUCAAAGGUGGGUGUGGAUGAAAUGAACCAGGAUCGGAUGGCGGAACUCGAGAGAAAUCUGGCUUAUUACCAUAAGAAAUGCCAGGUGUUGGAACGGGAAGCCGAAUUCGUCAAAUCGGAAAGAGACAUGGCCCGAAUGGUUGAGGCCAACCUGAAAUCUCAACAUCAACAAACCGAUGCAUCUUUGAGCCGGGCCAAGGCUAAAAUCGAGGAACUCGUGUCCAUGCUUACAGCCUUGACCCAAUCCAAACAAAUGGCUACGAGUGAAAUCCAAGCCUUGGCCAAAGAAAAAGACCAGAUCCAGUCAGAGGUCAACGCCUUGAAAGAAACCCUGAGCGAACGCGAGGCCAAAGUUGAGACUCUGGAAGGUUGCCUGUCUUCCCUUGGACAUCGGCAUGAGAACCUUGAGAUGGAAAAAGAAGCAUUGGAAAAGAGUUUUGAGCACAUGAAAACUCUAGCUGCAGCCGAAAGAACAAAAAUAGAACAAGAAUUAUUCGAAGCCAAAGAGCAAUUGGAAACCAUGGAAAAGAGUCAAAAAAUCGUUGAAACCAACUUGACGAAGUCGGCGACCGUGACUGAAGCUGCGACCAAAGUACCCAGUACCAAGAUCGAAGAGCUGGAGUUAUUGGUUAAAGAUCUUCAAAUUGGAUUACGUGAAAGUGCGGAAAUUCAUGCCCAGGAGAUAAAAGUCCUAAGGGAUGAUUUCCACGAAUUGAGGUCAUUGGCGAGCUACAGUCCCUCCGUGGCUUCUUCCACAAACUUCAUGAAUGCCUCGGAGAUUGAGAAGACACUAUUAAAUGCUUCUGAGUCCAAAGAUGAAGCAGGUCAAACCGAUAAGAAAGACCACAAUCAUGGCGAGACGACGGUCGAUAUGCUAAUGCAGAAGAUGUACACAGGUGGUUUCAUUUCUACAGAAAUUGAGCCCAUUGAAACAGAUUAUUCAACUCCUCUCAUGCCCCAACCUGUCAACAAAGAGUCUGAGGCCUUAGAUCGCUCGGACUUGGCCGAAUUGAUGAAAUGGGCUGAGGAACAGGAUGAACCAGAGGAACCGACCAGGAAUGAUUCCACAUCAACGAACCAUGAUGCUGAAUUGCCGGUGCCCGUUUUAGAGGAGGUCUUGACCUGCCCAGUUUGUCAAGAAGAUUUCUCUGGAAUUACCCCCAGCCAGUUGCGAGAUCACGUCGAUGAUCACUUUCCUGCCCGGCUACGGUGUCCGAUUUGUGAACGUGAAUUCGCCCCCGACAAUUCCUUAGUUUAUCAGAACCAUGUUCAUGCCCACUUCUCACCUGAUGGUGAUGAUUUCUCGCUGAUUGGAGACUUCACGGAUGAGUAUGACAGCGAUGCUAGGGCAAUGGCUACGCCAUCUCAACGCUCUUCAUCGACGGUGGGAAAUUACGCGAACAGAUUCCACCAGUGGCUCCAGAACAUUGAUUAAAGUUAGAGCUCUCUUUGUCUCUGAUUUCUUGGAAAUAUGGUAGUAGAGUUAAGAAUUGGAAAUUCGCCCUACACGUUCCAAAUUGUCACUCACAAUGCGUGAAGUAAAUGGCGAAUUUACAUCAAAUUGAAACAAUUGGUUUGAUGCUUAAGCACAAUUUUCAACCAAACCUUUUUGUUUUCUACCCAUCCCUUCAAACCUUCCAUUUUAUUGGUCAUAUUUGUUCAGUAUUUACAUUUCUUGUGUACCCUCCUGAAAUUCUUUCAAAAAAAGAAAUAAAUUAUUAUAUCGGCAAAA